AUGACGGACGCGCCUAUUGUUUUGGACGGAGGAACCGGUUUCCUCAAAGUCGGAUAUGCCGCGCAGAACUUCCCAGAACAUCAAUUCCCGAGUAUAGUCGGACGGCCAAUCCUUCGAUCCGAAGAACAAGGGGAAAGCGAUAUCGUGCUCAAGGAUAUUAUGUGUGGAGAUGAAGCGGCGGCUGCUCGGUCGAUGCUUCAGAUUAGUUAUCCUAUGGAAAAUGGUAUUGUGAAGAAAUGGGAUGAUAUGCAACAUCUAUGGAAUUACACAUUCUAUGACAAGAUGAAGAUUGAUCCGACGGGUCGGAAGAUUCUGUUGACAGAACCGCCGAUGAACCCUCUCAAAAACAGACAAACCAUGGCCGAGGUGAUGCUUGAAGGUUACGGAUUCGGUGGUGUAUACGUUGCGAUUCAGGCUGUUUUGGCUUUAUAUGCUCAGGGUCUCAGUAGUGGUGUGGUAGUCGACUCUGGCGAUGGUGUCACUCACAUCGUCCCCGUCUUCGAAUCAACCGUUUUGAACCAUCACAUCCGCCGCCUCGACGUCGCCGGACGAGACGUAACCCGAAACCUGAUUGCGCUCUUACUCCGUCGCGGAUAUGCGCUAAACCGAACCGCCGAUUUCGAGACUGUGCGCCAAAUCAAGGAAAAACUGUGCUACGUUUCGUAUGACCUUGAACUGGACCAGAGACUCUCAGAAGAUACGACAGUGCUCGUCGAGUCGUAUACCCUCCCUGACGGCCGCGUUAUCAGAGUCGGUAGUGAGCGAUUCGAGGCGCCGGAAUGUCUGUUCCAGCCUCAUCUGGUCGAUGUUGAUCAGGCAGGUAUUGCGGAAUUGCUGUUUAACACGAUACAGGGUACGGAUAUGGAUGUGCGUAGUAGUCUUUAUAAGGCUAUUGUGCUUAGUGGUGGAAGUUCAAUGUAUCCGGGGCUGCCGUCGAGGCUGGAGAAGGAGUUGAAGCAGUUGUGGUUGACGAGGGUGUUACAGGGUAAUCCUGAACGAUUGAACAAAUUCAAGGUGCGCAUCGAAGAUCCACCACGACGAAGACACAUGGUCUUCCUCGGUGGUGCUGUAUUGGCCAACCUGAUCGCCGACAAAGAAGACAUGUGGGUAACCAAAGCCGAGUGGGAAGAGCAAGGAGUCCGCGCCCUAGACAAACUGGGCCCGCGACAGUAA